UUGUUUAUAAUUUUAAAAUUUAAAACUAUUAUUUUUCUAUUAGGAGUCAACUCUAUGUCCCUCAAGCCUUAAAAAAUAAAUAUAGCCUUGGAAAUGGCGGAGGAAGUGGUGCUCAGACCAUAACAAAAAGUAGACAAAUCAAAACAUCAUAUGGUGGAUACAAUGGAAAUGGCUAUGGAUAUGGAGAUCGCAAUCAAAAAUCUAAUGAAAACUACCAAUCAGCCAUUAAUUCCCAUUCAUAUGGUGCAUCACCUUAUGCUGGAGGAAGUGUUAAAAAAACCAUGAACUAUAAAGGAGGCUGUACUAGUCAACCUGUAACACCAAUGAACGCUGGACUUACAUGUUCUGUAUAUUCUGGAUGCAAAGUUAAUUGCAUGCCAAAUUACCAACUUCCUGAUGGAAGUACAAAUAUGUUAAUUAAAUGUGAAAAUGGGCAAUGGAUUGCCGAAGGCAGUCAAUGGAAUAUCAUACCAUCAUGUGAACCAAUUUGCUUACCAGUCUGCCAAAACAAUGGCAUAUGUUUAUCUCCAAAUCAAUGUAACUGUCCUGAAAACUUUAUGGGACCACAAUGUCAAUACGAAAGUAAACCAUGCUUGAAUCUACCUAGUAUGCCAGUUAAUGCCAGAAGAAAAUGCUCACGCACAUCAUGUACUGUAACAUGCUUAAAUGGUCAUCAAUUUUCCGAUGGUUCUACUGUAGCCCAAAUGGAAUGCAAAAAUGGAAACUGGAUACCGUCUAGAGGAAAAUGGGUAUCUCUUCCAGAUUGUCAAGCUAUCUGUAAGCCUCCUUGCUUGAAUGGUGGAAAGUGUUUAUCCUUAAAUAUAUGCCAAUGCUCACAAGACUUCAGAGGACCUCAGUGCCAAUAUAGAAGUGAUGCGUGUAAUCCAAAAAGUAUUGAAUUUAAUGGAGCAUAUAAUUGCACAGGAACAUCUGAUGUAUUUAAAUGUUCUUUAUCAUGUCCCACAGAUAUAAAAUUUUCAUUUUCUCCAGCCGAGUUUUAUGUAUGCCAUUAUUCAAUUGGAAAAUUUGAACCGUCUUCUAUUCCUCAGUGUGUUUACCCUGAAAAUGUACAAGAUAUUCAUGGGCCUGAAACGUCAAAUACUUAUUAUCAUCAAUACUCAAAUAGUUCAGACUACUUUAAAAAAUUUAGACUAAAUGGUACAAAAUUUGAUUACACUAAUCCUAAUUUAUUUUUUAAUGGAAGUGACUCUGGGUUUACUUCUCAAAAUCAAAUAUUAUUAUUGGAAAAAAAAUUACCGAAACCUGGAACCUGUUUUUCAUGGGGAGGUUCACAUUAUAAAACAUUUGAUGGGAAAAUAUUUAGGUUUGAAACAAUUUAA